ACAUUUGUCCAAAGUGCAAUUCUAUAAACCCUAACAUAAUAUUUUGGCCUUUGAUAAACCCUAACAUACCCCUCCAACAAAUAACGAAUAGCUAAAAGCACCACAAGAGGCUCGAUCAGAGAAACGAGGAUGAACUACGGCCGUCUAAUUCCCGGCGGAGGAAGCCUUCUCCGGCGACUAUGUACGGCGUCUCCAGUGUCUACGGUAGCUGAGCUUCCCAAUAAGAAGUACAAUCUUUACCAAAGACUAUCGGAGCUAGAAAAGACCGGAGGGACCGUAUCGCAGACGUUGAACCAGUAUAUCAUGGAAGGCAAAGCCGUAGGGAAAGGAGAACUCGAUAAAUGCGUCCAAGAGCUUCGAAAGUAUCGUAGAAUUCAUCACGCAUUCGAGAUAAUGGAAUGGAUGAUAAUGAGGAAAAUCAAUUUUUCAUGGGAUAACUAUGCAGUGCAUUUAGAUCUUGUGUCCAAAGUGAAAGGGUUGGUUGAAGCUGAGAAUUACUUUAACAGUCUUCCGCCUCCGGCGAAGAACAAGUAUACAUAUGGUUCUCUUCUGAACUGUUACUGCAAGGAACUAAUGCUAGACAAGGCAUUGUCGCAUUUUGCGAAGAUGGAUGAAUUAGGUUAUGUAACUAGUUUGUCUUUCACAAAUUUGAUGGCUUUGUAUAUGAGGCUAGGUCAACCUGCGAAAGUUCCUCUGCUGGUUAAUCAUAUGAAGCAGAGGAAGAUUAGUAUGACUGGAUUUACGUAUGUUGUUUGGAUGAAUAGCUGCGCUGCGUUGAAUGAUCUUGAUGGGGUUGAGAGGGUUUACGAGGAGAUGAAAAGGGAAGACGAAGAGAAAAUUGAUUGGAAGACUUAUAGUAACGUUGCUGCUAUCUAUGUAAAAGCUGGACAAUUUGAGAAAGCGGAGUUGAUGCUUAAGAAGAUGGAAGAGAUAGUGAAGCCGCGGCAACGUGAAGCUUACCAUUGCUUGUUGGGUCUUUAUGGUGGGACUGGUAAUGUUACAGAGGUUUAUAGAGUGUGGAGGUCGCUGAAAAUGGUCUCGCCGGUGACAAAUCGGAGCUAUCUUAUUAUGCUUUCUACGCUUAAAAGGCUUAAUGAUACGGAGGGGAUAAUAAAAUGCUUUAAGGAGUGGGAAUCUAAGCAUGUGAAUUAUGAUUCAAGGUUGGCUGGUGUUGCAGUGUAUGCUUACUUGAGUCAGAACAUGGAUGAAGAAGCUGCGUUAAUCUUUGAGGAGGCUCUUAGGAGGUGCAAAGGACCUUUCUUUAGGAUUCGUGAAAUGUUCAUGACGUCUUUGUUGGAGAAACGUCAAUUGGAUGGUGCUAUGAGCCACUUAGAGGCGGCGCUUUCAGAUGUCACCAAUGAUAAAUAUCGUCCUUCGCCACAAGUUGUGAGGGCUUUUCUGAAGUAUUAUGAAGAAGAAACAGAUCUUGAUGGUGUUGAUGAGUUAAGCAAGAUUCUCAGAAGUCACAAUUUUGAUGAAUCCUGUAUUAAAACCUGCAUUACUGCAUCAGAGUCAUCUCCUGAAAUCGAGCCGGUAUUGAAGGAAGAUUCUUAUGUCAACAACGAAAACUUGUGACUUAGAAGGGGAUAUUCAAUAUGAGAAGGCUCAUUCCGGCUGCACAAAAUUUCUGUCCAGAAGCAUGCAGGCCUAGUUAGCUUCAAGCGUGAUGAUUUGACAAUGAGAAUUGAUUGUGUUUCAAUAAAAUAAGUAAUGGUUUGUCAGAUCCUUUCAGAAUUGAACAACUCAAUAGGGUUAGGCGUUAAAAGUGGCUAGGAGUCUUGUUAUUUGACAACUUAUUUCUUAUACACUAUUUGCUCAAAUUUGUACUUCACAAUUGACGAUGAAAACUCACUCGCAAUGUCACAAUUUCUGGAA